AUGGAUUUUGGACUGUUCAACACGUGGAACGCCUUGUAUGAGGGCGACAGGGUUCCCUGGCACCCCGAAUACCAUGGCGGCAAACUCCUCGAAGAAGACGCAUACGUAAAGAACUACGAGGAAAUCGAUGCCGUGGAGGACAUGGGCUGGGACUACAUCUGGCUGGGCGGAGGACACUUCUCCAAGCAGGCCAGCAUGGACCCCCAGGUGCUCAUGCUGGCGGCAGUCAUCGCGGAGCGCACCGAGCGCAUCAAGAUCGGCUCGUCCAUUCACCGCCCGGUGAUGAAGCAGCCCGACGAAACGCUCUCGGCGGCAGCCCUGCCUCACGAGCGCUACGGCUUCGACAACCUCCUGAUGGAAGACCCCAUACAGACCGCCGAGCAGGUCGCCAUAGUCGACCAGGUCAGCCGGGGACGCUUCAUCUACGGCGCGGGCGGGCGCACCCGCGGCUCCGCCACCCGCCGCGAGCAGUUCUUCGAAUACCUGGAGGUCAUGAAGCAGCUCUGGACCGAGGAGACUUUCACCGGAUUCGAGGGUAAGUACUACAACUACCCGGCCUUCUACGAGUCGUACUUGGCCAUUCCCAAGCCUUACCAGAAGCCGUACCCGCCCAUGCUCCUGCCGGUGGACAGCCAGGAGAGCUUCGUGCCCAUGGGUGAGCAGGGCUACCGCAUCGCCAUCGGCGCGGGCAGCUCCCCCCACAACCCCCGGGGCUCGGCGGUGUUGAAAGAGGACGUACAAGCUUACCGCAAGGCAUGGAUCGACGCGGGGCACCCCGGAGACCCGACCACCGUCGUCCGCAUCCCCACGCUGUUGGCCGAAACCAAGGAAGAGGCCGACCGCCAGACCGAAAACCUGAUGAGCCUCGCCCGCCGCUACUACUCCGGCCGGGUGGCCAUCGGCAGCACCGACGCCGGCACGGCCAGCCCCGAAGCGACCGAGGAGGUCAACCUGUUCGGAACGCCGGAGGAGGUCUGCGACAAGAUCGAGAUGCUCCGCGACGACUUCAGCACCGACGAGAUCAUGUUCGAAGUAAACUGGACAUCGUCGGUACCCCGGGAAGUCGUGAUGAACACCAUGAAGUGUCUAACCGACAAGGUAAUUCCCAAGUUCAAGUAA